AUGACUGUCGGCCACACCCACCAAAUCUUCUUUGCCUGGGACAGGAAGCUCGACAUGCGGUACCGGGAAACGUUUGCUACGUCCCCGAACACGGGCGCCAUGCUCGUACUCAUCUCGUUCGAUCUUGUCGGGGCCAUUAACACUUUGCUCGAGUCGACAUAUAACGUGCUCUCGGUCCUCUUCGCUGACCCGUCCUUUACCAUCGCGAAUCAAUUGGGCAACGGUGUGUUAGGCGCGAUCAAUAUCACGCUCAUCCGCCUCCGCAUGGGCGGAACAGCACCAACGCCAACCGACGUGACCCGCAUCAGUAAGGUGCGGAUUUACAUUUUCUUCAGCAUUUCAUCGUAG